ACACAGACACAUGAGUUUCGUCAGUGUGUUUUACAGCUUCCGACGGCUUAUUGCGUCCUUAUAACGAGCAACUGGGCUUUUACAAUGGGCUCCAAGCGACGGAGAGCCACUUCUCCAUCCAGCAGUGUGAGCGGAGGAGAUUUUGAGGACAGCCAGACCACAUCCAUACCUUCAACCAGUCGGAAGAGGAGAAGAACCACAAGCAUCCCCACUGUUGACCCCAUUGCCGUGUGUCACGAGUUGUACAACACUAUCAGAGACUAUAAGGAUGAUCAGGGCAGGAUGCUGUGUGAGCUCUUCAUCAGAGCACCAAAGAGAAGGAACCAGCCGGAUUACUAUGAUGUGGUGUCUCAGCCCAUUGACAUGAUGAAAGUCCAGCAGAAGCUGAAGAUGGAGGAGUAUGACGACGUCGAGCAGCUCACAGCUGAUUUUCAGCUCUUAUUCAACAAUGCCAAGACAUACUACAAACCAGAAACUCCGGAGUACAGAGCGGCUUGUAAACUGUGGGAUCUGUAUAUUCGCACCAAAAAUGAGUUUGUGCAGCGAGGGGACUAUGAUGAAGACGAUGACGAUGACGACUCACAGGAAAACCCUGGAGGGGCCACAGAGGAGGAGUCUAUCUCGAGCCUUAAGGAAGUUCUUGGGCAGCUUCUGGAGGCUGUGCUGAUGUACACCGAACACGGGCGUCUCAUUAGUGAACUUUUCCAGAGACUUCCCUCUAAAGUGCAAUAUCCAGAUUAUUAUGCUGUUAUCAAAGAACCAAUAGAUCUGAAGACCAUUGCACAACGAAUACAGAUGGGCUUCUAUAAAAGUGUAAACCAUAUGACUAAAGACAUUGACUUGUUAGUCAAAAAUGCCAAAACCUACAAUGAACCCGGAUCACAAGUAUUUAAAGAUGCAAACACCAUCAAAAAGAUUUUUGCGCAGAGAAAACUGGAGCUUGAACAUUCGGAACCUAUUAAAAGCAGCAUCAGGAUCAGGAACAGAAGGUUUGCACAGGGAGACCGACUCUCCUCCAUCACUACUGCUCUACAGUAUGGCUCAGAGAGUGAAGAGGACGCCAUAUUAACCGGCUCUGUUCAUUACGAUGAGGGCGAAUCAGAAGCUGACAGCAUCCACUCAAGCAUGGACAUGAGCAACCCCAUCUUCCAGAUGUACGAGGCAGUGCGGGGCUGUAGGAACAACCAGGGACAGCUUUUAGCAGAGCCCUUCUUUCAGCUUCCCUCCAGGAAAGAUUACCCCAACUACUUCCAGCAAAUCAGCCAUCCAAUCUCCCUCCAGCAGAUAAGGAGUAGGAUGAAGAACAAUGAGUAUGAAAGUGUGGAACAGAUAGACACAGACCUCAACCUGAUGUUUGAGAACGCAAAACGCUACAAUGUUCCCAACUCUCAAAUCUGCAAACGUGUGCUAAAGUUGCAGCAUAUAUCGCAGAUGAAGAGGAAAGAACUGACGAGGAGAGAUGAUGAAGAUGGAGAUAGCAUGCUGUCAUCUACUCUUUCUGAUGGGGGCAGCACCAAGCGCAAAAGCUAUAAGAAGAACACAAAGAAGAACCGCAUGAAGGCUCUGUACGCUGCUGUGGCAGAGGCUCGGGAGAUGGGCACAGGCCGGAGACUCUGUGACCUAUUUAUGGUCAAGCCCUCAAAAAAAGACUACCCGGACUACUACAAGAUUAUACUGGAGCCAGUGGACCUGAGGACCAUCGACCACAACAUCCGCUCUGACAGAUACCCCAGCGAGGACGCCAUGAUGGAGGACAUGAAGCUGAUGUUCCGUAAUGCACGUCACUACAAUGAAGAAGGUUCACAAGUUUACAAUGACGCCAACGUUCUGGAGAAGGUAUUAAGAGAAAAACGAAGGGAACUUGGACCUCCGCCGGAUGACGAUGACAUCAUUUCACCCAAGCUGAAAAUUAGGAAGAGUGGCAUCUCUCCUAAAAAGUCCAAGUACCUGACUCCUCUGCAACAGAAACUCAAUGAACUCUAUGAAGCAGUGAAGAACUACACUGAUAAGCGUAGACGGCGUCUCAGCACAAUCUUCCUCCGUCUUCCAUCCCGCUCCGAGCUUCCAGACUACUAUGUGGCUAUCAAGAAACCCAUAGACAUGGAGAAGGUGAAGAGCCACAUGCUGGCCAACAAGUACCAGGAUGUUGAUGCUUUGGUGGAAGACUUAGUGUUGAUGUUCAACAACGCGUGCACCUACAACGAACCUGAAUCACUGAUCUACAAAGAUGCAUUGGUGCUUCACAAAGUGCUUUUGGAGACCAGGAGAGACUUGGAGGGAGGUGAUGACGGGAAUGUCCCAGAUGUUGCACGGCUCAUCCAGGAGCUCAUUCGCAAUCUUUUCGUCUCAGUUCUUGGUCACCAGGAUGAUGAAGGACGUUGCUAUAGUGACUCACUGGCAGAGAUUCCAGCUGUUGAUCCCAACAAUCCCGAUAAGACUCCAUUGAACUUUGAGAUCAUCAGAGCUAAUGUGGAUAAGGGCCGUUAUAGGAGACUAGAUGUGUUCCAGGACCAUAUGUUUGAAGUUUUGGAGAAAGCCAGACGUCUGCACAGGACGGAUUCUGAGAUCUUUGAGGACUCUGUGGAGCUCCAGCAGUUCUUUAUCCGGAUCCGAGAUGAAUUGUGUAAGAAUGGAGAGAUUCUGCUGUCGCCGGCCCUCAGCUACACCACUAAACACCUGCACAGUGACGUGGAGAAAGAGAAGAAAGAGAAGCUGCCUAAAGAAUAUGAAGAGGAUAAACUCAAGAGAGAGGAGGAGAAAAAGGAGGCUGAGAAGAGUGAGGACACAGCAGGUGGUGGAUGGCAGGGAGCCCUACAACGCAAUUACAGCCAGGACUGCAGCUUCAAAGACAACAUGUACCAUGUGGGAGAAUAUGUUUAUGUAGAACCCACAGAACCAAACCUGCAGCCGCACAUUGUCUGCAUAGAGCGCCUCUGGCAAGAUGAUGCAGGAGAGAACUGGCUUUAUGGCUGCUGGUUCUAUAGACCCAACGAAACAUUUCAUCUCGCUACACGCAAAUUUCUUGAGAAAGAAGUUUUCAAAAGUGAUUAUUACAACAAAAUUCCUGUCAGUAAAAUACUGGGCAAAUGUGUCGUGAUGUUUGUGAAGGAGUAUUUCAAGCUUCAGCCUGACAGCUUCAGACCUGAAGAUGUUUUUGUCUGCGAGUCUCGUUAUUCUGCGAAAACCAAGUCCUUCAAAAAGAUCAAGAUGUGGACGAUGCCCUUGAGCUCAGUAAAGUUUGUCCUACGUGAAGUGCCGUUGCCUGUGGUUCGUGUGGCCUCCAUGUUUGCACCCAAGCAGGACAGUGAGAAGCCUCCUGAGGUGGCAGAGGAUGGCAAAGCUGUACCAUCUAUUAUUGAUAAGGAGAGGGAGGAUGUUACCACGGAGGUCAGUAAUGGAGAGCCAGGCUGCCAGUACUAUGAACAGCUCUGCUACAACGACAUGUGGCUGAAAGUGGGAGACUGUGUCUAUAUCCGCUCUCAUGGGCUCGUACGCAACCGCGUGGGCAGGAUAGAGAAGAUGUGGGUGCGAGAUGGAGCCGCCUACUUUUUCGGCCCCAUCUUCAUCCAUCCCGAGGAGACUGAGCAUGAACCUACUAAGAUGUUCUACAAGAAGGAAGUUUUCCUCAGUAACCUGGAAGAAACCUGCCCUUUGACCUGUAUUGGAGGGAAGUGUACAGUGUCUUCUUUCAAAGAUUUUUUGUCAUGCCGGCCAACUGAAAUGCCGGAGGAGGAUGUGUUGCUGUGUGAGAGCCGCUACAUAGAGAGCGAGAAGCAAAUGAAGAAGUUUAAAGGGCUGAAACGUUUCUCUCUCUCUGCCAAAGUAGUUGAGGAUGAAAUCUAUUACUUUCGAAAGCUCAUAGUGCCUCAGAAGGAGCCGUCUCCACUGCUGGAUAAGAAGAUCAAGGAGUUGGAGGCCAAGUUUGCAGACAUGACGGAUGAAGAGCUGGAGGAUUUGGGUGAUGAUGAUGGGGACGGCUCUGAUGCUCACUGCAUGCCGCAGCUUCAGACUCAGCUGACCAGUGACAUGGACAUGCUGCAUUAUGCUCCCCCGCAGUCCACACCAAAGUCUAUUAAGGGUCUGUCAAAGAAGGAGGGGGCAAAGAGGAAGAUCAACAUGAGUGGGUACAUCCUCUUCAGCAGUGAAAUGAGAGCAGUCAUCAAGGCCCGGCACCCUGACUUCUCCUUUGGAGAACUCAGUCGACUGGUGGGCACAGAGUGGAGGAACCUUGAGGCCACUAAGAAAGCGGAGUACGAAGAGCGGGCAGCAAAGGUAGCGGAGCAGCAGGAGCGAGAAAGAGCAGCGCAUCAGAACUCCCCAAGAGCAGGUACCCCAGUAGGGGCGCUCAUGGGGGUAGUACCUCCCCCGACCCCCAUGGGGAUGUUUAGCCACAGCAUGACGUCUAUGGCAGGUAACCCCUCUCAGAUGUGGUGGACACACCUUUCUGAUGCCACACAGAGCUGCAAUAAGAAGCCUAACUGCUAACACACUCAUCUCCAGUGCACUUUCCAUCUUCAACCAGUCCAUUCCUUCUUCAAAGCUGCCAUGUUUUAUUGUCUUUAGUCCCAAAACUAACUUCUGUUAUCUGAAUGUGAUUUUGAAUGCAUGGCCUUGUCAUCCAUCAAAGAAUUACUGCAUGAACUGUAACAAAAAUGAACGUUACUACCCCUUUUUCACUGCAAUGCUGCUCAGCCUUGGA